AUGUUCACCAUCGAAAACGAAAACUGUUUUGUGGAUAACUGUUCAGCCAGUGACUUUGUGAUGUAUCCUUGUGUCAAUAUAAACUUGGAAGGGGCUCCCUUAGCUCCAACAAAGUCCUUGGAAAAAUCAAAGAGGUGUCGCACGGCAUUUACCGGUCAUCAACUAAUCGAACUUGAAAGAGAGUUCCAUCUCAACAAAUAUUUGGCCCGGACGCGGCGGAUUGAGAUAUCCCAGCGUUUGGGCCUCACGGAAAGGCAAGUUAAGAUCUGGUUCCAGAAUCGUCGCAUGAAGUUCAAGAAGCUUACCAAUAAGAAAAUGGUAAAGGGAGCAUUGACCACGGAUAGUUCUACCACUUCCCAAUCAAACGAGGAUCGCUUGGAGGACGAACUGAUCGUUGAACGCCUCCUGCAGUAUGUAAACACCAAUGUGGAAACAGUUUCCCCGCAGCAAAAUGCUCCCGGGAUCCAACAAGAGGGUCAUAUCACACCGCCUUAUCAGGCCUACGACUAUCUCCAUGAGUUUUGCACUGCUCCAAUGGAGCAGUUGCCCCUCAAUGAAUUUGAUACGAAUUGGGGCAGUGAUGUGUUGGGACUCGAAGCACCCAUUCCUACCAUAGAAAAUGUCACAACGCCCUAUACUAAUAGUAACGCCCAGGAUCAACCAAUGACUCAGAACUUCUGCUGGAACUCGAAUAGUUCUGCUGGCGGUUCCACAUCAUCGGAGGACAUUCUGGAUGUGGACUACGACUUCAUUCAGAGUUUAUUAGACUUUUAA